AUGCCCCGCGUGCCGUCGUUAAACGCCUAUACCAUCACGAAAGCGCUUCGAGCAUCGCUGCAGCACAAUUUCGGCGACGCGGCGGCCGGCGCGUACGGCGGACCGCUAACGUGCAAAUACUAUUCUAAUCUGUCAGGGCUCGCGAUUGUACGCUGUGCGCGCGACGGCAUGCGGUACGUCUGGGGCUCGGCGACUCUGCUUCAUGCGAUCGACGCGAAGCCGGUACGAAUCUGCGUAUACGCAUGCAGUGGGACCAUCCGAAAACUGCAGCACAAGGCCAUUGCGAUCGACAAGCACUAUAUCCUCCGGCUGGAAAAUGCCAAGGACCGGGCAAAUACCGCGCCUCCCCCAGACGUUGUCAUGGCCGACCAGGACUGGUCCGCGAUGGACGAUGAUGAUCUCGGGAUGCGUGUUGACGAAGAGCCUCACGAGGACCAAAAAGAGGCGGCAGGGCCGGACGAACACCUCGGCGAAUCUGAACAAGUCUCCAGCACGACGGCAAAACUGUUGGCGCAGAGCCGUUCCGAUAUCAUGAACAUUUCCAAUUAG